AUGUCUGGGCAUGGACGUGGACGAGGACGAGGACGGGGCGGUGGCGGUCGAGGUCAGCCAUCGCCAUCAACUGGACGUGGCGGAGGUCCAGGUCGUGGCCGUGGAUCAUUACACUCUCCUCAGCCUUCUUCUCAGCCGGUGGCUUCGGCUUCUGCUGCGCCGGUUUCGUCACUGAGCAGCGAAGUUGAGCAGAAGCUCACGCUUCAGCCCUCCGCUUCGUCUUCGGAGCCUGUGGUUCAGCCGGUACAACAGGCUCCGCCAACGGAGGCCGUACAAUCGCAGCAACAGCAGUUGCCGCCGGCGUCUUCCAAAGCUACUAGGCUUCCGGCAAGGCCUGGGUUUGGAACAGUCGGGACUAAGAUGAUUGUCAGGGCAAAUCAUUUUCUGGUCGAUGUCGCUGAUCGGGAUCUGAGUCACUAUGAUGUGUCAAUCACUCCCGAGGUGACUUCUAAGAAACACUGUCGGGAUAUUAUGAGCCAGUUGGUUAAAUCUUAUCACGUCUCACAUCUAGGUAAGCGAAUGUUAGUUUUUGAUGGAAGAAAGAAUGCUUAUGCUGCAGGGCAACUGCCUUUCUCUUCCAAGGACUUUGAUGUCACUCUAGUUGACAAGGAUAAUAGCAAAAGGAAGGAUCGGAAAUAUAAGGUCUCUAUUAAAUUUGCUUCCAAAGCAGACUUGCACCAUCUUCAACAAUUCUUAAAGGCUCGACAACUUGAUGCCCCACAGGAAACUAUACAAGCUCUAGAUUUGGUUCUUCGGGAGAAACCAUCCAACAGUUAUGAAGUCGUCGGAAGGUCAUUCUUUUCCCCAGACUUGGGCCAAAUGGGGGAACUUGGCGACGGGUUAGAAUAUUGGAAAGGGUUUUAUCAAAGUCUUCGCCCAACCCAGAUGGGUUUGUCUCUCAACAUUGAUAUGUCAGCCAGAGCAUUUUAUGAGCCUAUUUUUGUUUCUGAAUACAUUGUCAAGUAUUUCAAUCGAGAUCUAACAAGGCCUUUGCUUGACCAAGAUCGUAUUAAGGUGAAAAAAGCAUUAAGAGGCGUUAGGGUGCAGCUCGACCACCAGGAGCAUGUCAUACGGUACAAAAUUUCAGGCGUGUCAACAGAACCUACUCAAAACUUGAUGUUUCAGCUGGACGAGUCAGGGGCAAGAAUAUCAGUGGCCCAAUACUUCCGCCAGAAGUACAAUAUCGUGCUCAAGUAUCCAUUCUUGCCUGCGAUUCAAGCAGGCAGUGACACAAAGCCUGUUUAUCUUCCUAUGGAGCUAUGCAGAAUUGUUGAGGGCCAAAGGUUCUCUAGGAAGUUGAAUGACAAACAAGUUACUGCACUUUUGAGAGCUACCUGUCAACGUCCGCGUGAAAGAGAGAAAAACAUAAAAGAGAUGGUCAGUUAUAACGAUUACAAUGGUGAUAUGCUUGUGAACAAAGAGUUUGGAAUUCAAGUUAGGCCUGAGCUUACUUCCAUUGAAGCACGAGUUUUGCCAGCUCCCACUCUGAAGUACCAUGAGACUGGGCGGGAGUCACGGAUUGAUCCAAGGGUAGGGCAAUGGAACAUGAUUGACAAGAAAAUGAUUAAUGGUGGAAGGGUGGAGUUUUGGACAUGCAUCAACUUCUCGCAACGGUCCAACAUAGAUUUAAACAGGUUCUGCAAUGAGUUGAUUAGCAUGUGUUGCAGUAAAGGAAUGGAAUUUAACCCAAGACCUUUGGUUCCAUUUCGUUCGGCCCAUCCUGGUCAGAUCGAGAAGUCACUAAUCGAUAUUCACACAAAGUCUACCACAACUCUAAGUAAGCAAACAGGAAAACAGCUGCAGUUGCUCAUUGUCAUUUUGCCUGAUAUCAGCGGGUCCUAUGGGAAGAUCAAGCGAGUUUGUGAAACUGAAUUGGGGAUUGUCUCGCAAUGUUGUCAGCCCAGGCAGGCAUCAAAGUAUAGCAAACAGUACAUGGAAAAUGUAUCUCUGAAGAUCAAUGUGAAGGUUGGAGGACGAAACACUGUUCUGGAGCAGGCUGUUCUUAAAAGGAUUCCUUAUCUGACUGAUCGCCCAACCAUCAUCUUUGGUGCUGAUGUUACCCAUCCUCAACCCGGGGAGGAUUCCAGUCCUUCUAUAGCAGCGGUGGUGGCUUCAGUGGAUUGGCCAGAAGUAACCAAGUUCAGGGGCUUGGUUUCUUCCCAGAAACACAGGGAAGAAAUAAUACAGGAUCUUUAUAAAACAAGUUCAGAUCCUAAGAGAGGCACAAUUCAUGGUGGAAUGGUUAGGGAACUUUUGAUUGCAUUUUUCAAGUCCACAGGGUAUAAGCCUCACAGAAUUAUAUUCUACAGGGAUGGUGUAAGUGAAGGGCAAUUUUCUCAAGUUCUUUUUCAUGAAAUUGAUGCAAUACGGAAGGCUUGUAAUUCGAUAGAAGAAAAUUAUCUACCACCGAUCACCUUUGUAGUCGUGCAAAAGAGACACCACACACGUCUCUUCCCCGCUAAUCACGGAGAUCGUAAUGCGACAGACAAGAGUGGCAACAUUUUGCCAGGUACCGUUGUUGACACUAGGAUAUGUCACCCCAGCGAAUUUGACUUCUUCCUUUGUAGUCAUGCUGGGAUUCAAGGAACUAGCCGUCCGACACAUUACCAUGUGUUGUAUGAUGAGAACAGAUUUAGUGCAGAUGGUUUACAAAUGCUAACCAACAACUUGUGUUAUACGUAUGCCAGGUGUACUAGAUCGGUUUCUAUAGUUCCGCCUGCUUACUACGCGCAUUUAGCUGCAUUCCGUGCUCGCUAUUAUAUUGAGGGUGGUGAUUCGGAGGGCGGAUCCUCAUCUGGAGGCGGCAAUACCACAAGAGAUAGGAAUGCAGAGGUCCGCCCGUUGCCUGUUAUUAAAGAUAACGUCAAAGACGUAAUGUUUUAUUGCUGA